AUUACGAAAAUGGGCGUCAAGGAGUGCUACUUCCCGAUCUUUGUGUCGCGAGCUGCGUUGGAGCGCGAGAAGGACCACAUUGCCGACUUUGCCCCGGAGGUGGCCUGGGUCACCAAGAGCGGCGAGUCGGACCUGGCGGAACCGAUUGCGGUGCGCCCGACGUCGGAGACUGUCAUGUACCCGGCGUACGCCAAGUGGAUCCAAUCGUACCGCGAUUUGCCGAUUCGGUUGAACCAGUGGAACAACGUUGUGCGCUGGGAAUUCAAGCAUCCGCAGCCGUUCCUGCGAACCCGUGAAUUUUUGUGGCAGGAAGGACACACCGCGUUCGCGACUCAGGCCGAAGCCACCGAAGAGGUGCUGCAGAUUUUGGAAUUGUACGCCCAAGUGUACACGGAUCUGCUGGCGAUUCCGGUGGUCCGCGGGCGUAAGACGGAGAAGGAAAAGUUCGCCGGCGGAGACUUUACGACCACGGUUGAGGCGUUCAUUUCCGCGUCGGGACGUGCGAUCCAGGGAGCAACGAGCCACCAUCUGGGACAGAACUUUUCGAAAAUGUUUGACAUCGUGUACGAGCAUCCGGAGACGAAGGAGAAGGAGUACGUGUACCAGAACUCGUGGGGCAUAACGACGCGCACGAUCGGUGUGAUGAUCAUGGUCCACGCGGACAACCAGGGUCUGGUGCUGCCGCCGAGGGUGGCGUGCAUUCAGGCGAUCAUUGUCCCGUGCGGAAUUACGGCCAACACGACCGAUGAGGAGCGCAAGACGUUGUACGACAACUGCAAGGAGCUGGAGGCCGAGCUCGUGAAGGUGGGAGUCCGCUGCGAGGGUGACUACCGGGACAACUAUUCGCCGGGAUGGAAGUACAAUCACUGGGAGCUGAAGGGAGUUCCGAUUCGCGUCGAGCUUGGCUUCAAGGACUUGAAGAACAAACAGUUCGUUGCGGUGCGACGUGACACCGGCGAUAAGAUUACGGUGAAACGUGAGGCCGCCACCGGAGACAUCCAAGCCCUGCUGGAAACGAUCCACGCCAGUAUGCUGAAGAAGGCCGAGAAGGAUCUGGCGGACCACUUGAAGGUCACCAAGAAGUGGGAUCAGUUUACCGAGUUGCUCGAAGCGAAAAACAUCAUCAUGGCUCCGUUCUGCGGCGAGACUCCGUGCGAGGACAAAAUCAAGGCGGACAGUGCCCGAGAUGAUGGGGAAGCGGAACCUGGAGCACCGGCCAUGGGCGCCAAAUCGCUGUGUAUUCCUUUCGAGCAACCGGCCCCGAUCGAGGCGAAUGACAAGUGCGUCCAUCCGGCCUGUGGACGCAAGGCCAAGUUCUACACGCUGUUUGGUAGAAGUUAUUAAAGAAGCGCACGUUUCCCAGGAUAAUAAUUUAUUCUCUUAUCGUCAAUAAUGUGGUUAUCUUGCUGUUGUGUUUUCCUUUUCCGCAAACACCUACUCGUCUACUAUUGCUCGAUUCGUAAAAUUGGCGUAAAGCAUACAAAGCAGAAUCGGCUUAAUUAAAACGAACUACUUUAAAGUGAGUUUCACAAUUACAACA